AUGAGUGUAUCAGACAUUGGAUCUGAACGGACAUCACUGUUGGAGAGACAGCUCAAUACAUCAGGUCUUUCAGCGCCGAUAGCCAUGGCAUCAGCGCAGGCGAUAACACCGGGUCCGACCACUUUUGGCCAGUUAUUGCUGCUGAAUAUCGUCAACACGACGCCCACCGACGAGAGCACACUCGUCGACCGGACGACCCUCGCGCUGAUCAACAUGACGGCCGACCACAACGGCGCCAUCGGCGAGGGCUACGACUGGAUCGACAUACUAGUGAUCGUGAUAAAAGUGAUACUCCUGAGUACAAUAAUCAUCGCGGCCAUUUUCGGCAACCUAUUGGUCAUAAUAUCGGUGUGUCGGCACCACAAGCUCAGGAUCACCACAAACUAUUUCAUAGUAUCGCUGGCGUGCGCCGACAUCCUGGUGGCCGUGUUUGCCAUGACGUUCAACGCCUCGGUGGCCAUCGCCGGCAAAUGGCUCUUCAAUAUGACGGUCUGUGACUUCUGGAACUCGUGUGACGUGCUCUUCAGCACCGCAUCCAUAAUGCACUUGUCGUGCAUAUCGUACGACAGAUACUAUGCGAUCAUCAAACCGCUGGACUACCCCAUGAAGAUCACCACCAAACGGGUGGGCAUUAUGAUCACGUUCGUGUGGAUACUGGCGGCGCUCAUCUCAUACAUACCCAUCUUCACGGGCCUCUACACCACCGAGGAGUACAUGAAGGAGCGGCUCAAACACCCGGACGAGUGCAUAUGGGAGGUGAACAUCCCCUACGCCCUGGUGUCGAGCACUGUGUCCUUCUGGUUGCCCUGCGGUUUCAUGUUAGCCGCCUAUUACCAGAUCUACAAGGAGGCCAUCAAACAGGAAAAGUUCAUCUAUAAGUCCCAGCAAAUGGCUGUCAAUACAAACACUAAUCACCACAAUCAUCACCCCAGGAAUUCUACCGAUGCUACCAAUUCUAUACAGGUAUGUCCAAAGAGGCUAACCUACCCUGACAUUCAUUGUCCACUUCUGUGA